AUGUACAAUCAACGACGCUCUUCAUACGCCGCGGUCGCGAGCGGCAGCACUGGAAGCAACCCAUCCCACCCCACGCCGACGCGAUCAGGUGCCUUUUCCCACCUCCUCAAUAGCACCAGCGCGACAGGCCACAACGUGAGCCACCACCGCCUCUCCCGCUCGAUUGAUGCCGAGGGCCACCACAGCAGCAUGUCCACCAGCUGGACGAAGCCUUCCUACUCGGGACAGCCUGGAUACUGGCAGGGACUCGGAGGAACUGUGCAGGACAUACCGCCGUUCUUUGUACCUUCGUACCUGCGAGGGUCGAAGCAUGCCGAGCGGCUGCAGGAGAUACACAAGGCAAAGCUAGCAGCGCAGCGAGACCACAAAUCUACACACUCUUCGAAUGCGGCGUCGCUAUCGGCCAGCGCGAGUAGUCUCAAUCUGCACAAGAUGGUGCCGUCCUACCGGGGCUUGGCUCACGAGAUCAUCGAACGCGCGCCCGUCUUUGUCGACGAACCCGCACCCUGGCCGACGAGGUGGAACGACGCAGACAAGUUCGCUCAGAUCGAUAUCGAGGAGAAUGGGAGACAGGCCAAGUUCUCCGGGUCUCAGAAGACGCAUGACGAGGCGGCGGCGGUGCGAGCGGACUUUCCUAUGCCUCGGCAGACACAUGAAUUGAAGCUAACGCUGGGCAGUAGGAUGAUAGGAGUUGGCUUUUCCGGCGCGAAGGUCGCGUUGAGCAGAAUACCGGGCUGGGAACCGGACUCUUUUGCGUAUCACGGGGACGACGGGCAGAUCUUCAGCAACACGACAUCAGGGAAGCCAUAUGGCCAGAAGUUCAGCACGCUGGAUGUCAUCGGAUGCGAUGCGUUCCUCAGAAAGAUUCUGGCGCUAACAUGGACAGAUACCGCUUUCCGAGACCUCAAGAAAGACGUACCAUACUUCCCGACAGUUGGCAUGAAGAAGCCCGGCGAGACUUUGCGCGCAAACUUCGGUCAGGAUCCCUUCGCUUUCGACAUCGACAAAAUGGUCGCGAACGAGAAGGCAGCAAUACAAGCAGAGAUCGCGCGCACACCGGUGGCAAAUGAAACAGACAUGAUACACGAUCUAAUCGGACAGUAUCUGGCACACGACGGCUAUGUCGAGACGGCGCGAGCUUUCCGAGAGGAGAUAGUCGAAGAAGCGAGAGCUCUGGCAAAUGAGGAGAAUGGAAACGUUUCGUAUGGAGAGCAUGUUGAGGAUCUGGAUGCGCUAAAUCAAAUCCGCACGGCAAUUCUCGAAGGUGACAUUGACAAAGCACUCAAGCAUACUACAGCUUAUUACCCUUCGGUCCUUCGCGACAACGAGAACAUCUACUUCAAGCUCCGGUGUCGAAAGUUCAUAGAAAUGAUCCGCCAUUGCAACGAGCUGAACGCACAAUGUCAACCAGUGCCAACACCAAUAUCCAAACGGUCCACCGCAUCGACUCAGAACAAGCGAAAUUCCACAGCGACAGAUGAAUAUGACUUCGAAAUGGAGCUGGACGAGCAAUUAGGUGUACACAAUCCAACACCAAGCUGGGAUGACAGAGAAGACAAUGAAGAGCUUGAUGACGAGGACGGAAUGGAAGACAAGGAGAUCAAGCGCGACCAGAUGACCCAGGACAUGCUCAAAUACGGCAUGGAACUGCAAGCCGAAUUCGCCAACGACCCAAGACGAGAAGUCAAGCGCGCCCUGGAAGACACCUUUGCGCUCAUAGCGUACGAGCGCCCAACGGACAGCGCAUUAGCACCACUCCUCGAAACUGCCGGACGAGUACCUGUAGCCGAGGAGCUCAACAGCGCCAUCUUAGUCAGCCUCGGCAAAUCCUCCUCCGCCGCCCUCGAACGCGUCGUCCAACAAACCGAAGCCCUCGUCAACGAACUCGCCGACGACGGCGGCAGCGGCGCAUUCAUCAAUGUCCGCAGAGACUUCUUGCAAUAG